AUGCCGCCGUCAAAGGUUCUGCCGGGCAAGAUCCUCCGCCUGGAGCUAGAGAAUUUCAAAUCCUACAAGGGCUUCCAGACUAUAGGGCCGUUCUAUGACUUCACUGCCAUAAUUGGUCCCAAUGGUGCCGGAAAGUCCAACCUCAUGGACGCCAUCAGCUUCGUUCUCGGCGUCCGUACUGGUCAACUUCGUGGCGCUCAGUUGAAGGACCUUAUCUAUGCUUUUGAUGACCGCGACAAGGAGCAGAGAGGCCGUAAAGCUUUUGUUAGGUUGGUUUACAGAUUGGAUACCGGUGAGGAGUUUGAGUUUACCCGGACCAUAACUAGCGCCGGUGGUAGUGAGUACCGGGUUAACGGCGAUGUUGUCAAUUGGAAUGAAUAUGAUAAAAAGUUGAGGGAAUUUGGUAUUCUCGUUAAAGCGCGAAAUUUUCUGGUUUUCCAGGGGGAUGUUGAGUCAGUAGCAUCAAAAAAUCCGAGAGAACUUACCGCGCUUCUUGAGCAAAUCUCGGGUUCUGAAGAAUUUAAGAGAAGGUAUGAGGAGUUGGAAGUAGAAAAAGGCAAAGCUGAAGAAAACUCAGCCCUUGCUUACCAGAAGAAGAAGACAAUAAAGCUGGAGGUGAAGCAGAAGAAGGAACAGAAAGAAGAAGCUGAGAAACAUUUUCGCUUGCAAGAGCAAUUGAAAUCCUUGAAGCAAGAGCAUUUUCUCUGGCAAUUGCUGAACAUAGAGAGAGAUACGGAGAAUGCUAAUGAAGAUCUCGAGGCUGAGGAGGAAAGCCGGAAACAAAUUCUUGAUGAACUGAGCAUGUACGAGAAAGAAUUAAGCAAAAAGAAGAAAGAACAGAGUGGUUAUUUGAAAGAGGUUGGGCACUUUGAGAGAAAGAUUGCAGAGAAAAAGACAAUACUUGAUAAGAGUCAACCAGAGAUGCUUAAGUUGAAGGAGGAGGUGACACGCUUAACCCAAAAGAUUAAGAGUACAAGUAAAGACCUUAAGAAAAAGAAAGAAGAGAAAAACAGGCACUUAGAAGAAGUGGAGAAACUUCAGAAUGACUUGCAAGAUCUCAUCAAGCAAUUGGAUGACCUCCGUGAAAAGGGACAGGGUGCGAGUGAAAAACUGCAGUUGGCUGAUAGCCAGUUGGAGACAUAUCACCAAAUUAAAGAGGAGGCUGGUAUGAAAACUGCAAAGUUAAGAGAUGAAAAGGAAGUCUUAGAUAGGCAACAACAUGCAGAUAUUGAAGCUCAGAAAAAUUUGGAAGAAAAUCUUCAGCAGUUGAACAAUCGAAAGGAAGAGCUUGAGUCUCAGAAGAAACAAAUGGAAGCAAGACUAGAAAAAAUCCAAGUUGCUAUUAAGAAGCAUAAAGCAGAUCUUACAAGAGUGAGAAAGGAACAGCGUGAGAUGAAAGAUAAACUUGACAAGUCUAAACUGGAUCAUGACAGGUUGAAGACAAAACUUGAUGAAGUUGAGAAGAAACUGCGUGAGCUGAAGGCUGACAGAUACGAAAACGAAAGGGAUGCUAGAUUCUCACAAGCAGUUGAAACUUUGAAACGUCUAUUCCCUGGUGUGCAUGGUCGGAUGACUGAUCUCUGUAGGCCAACACAAACUAAGUACAACUUGGCAGUCACUGUUGCUAUGGGCAGAUUUAUGGAUGCCGUGGUAGUUGAAGAUGAGCAGACAGGAAAAGAAUGCAUAAAGUACCUGAAAGAACAGAGGCUUCCUCCCCAGACAUUUAUACCUCUUAAGUCUGUUCGUGUGAAGCCAGUUAUUGAGAGGUUGCGCAAUUUAGGUGGAACAUCAAAGCUGAUUUUUGAUGUCAUACAAUAUCCUUUCAACAACUUUUAUUUCCUUGCCGUAUUUUUCCCAUUUAUGUUUUUUCUUAACCAUUACAAGUUUGAUCCAGUGCUAGAAAGGGCUAUAUUGUUUGCUGUGGGGAAUACCUUAGUAUGUGAUGAUUUGAAUGAAGCUAAGCGUCUCAGUUGGACUGGAGAGAGGCACAAAGUUGUCACUACUGAGGGAAUCCUGCUGACAAAAUCUGGAACAAUGACUGGUGGUACAAGUGGAGGAAUGGAAGCACGCUCAAAUAAAUGGGAUGACAAAGAAAUUGAACGAUUAAAAAAGCAAAAAGAAGGUUUCGAGAAGGAAAUGGAAGAACUUGGGUCAAUAAGAGAGAUGCAGCUUAGGGAAUCUGAAGCUUCUGGCAAAAUAAGUGGACUUGAAAAGAAGAAUCAAUAUGCUGAAAUAGAGAAGAAAAGCAUUGAGGACAAGCUCUCCAAGCUGGAGACAGAGAUAGGAAACAUUGAUGAUGAGAUCAGUCGGGUUAAACCUGAACUUCAGAAGUUGGAAAAUAUCAUUAGCACUAGGAAUUCAAAAAUUGUAUCACUGGAGAAGAAGAUUAAUGAUAUUGUUGAUCGGAUCUACAAGAAAUUUAGUGAGUCUGUUGGGGUGAAGAACAUACGUGAGUAUGAAGAAAACCAGCUCAAGGCCGUUCAGUUAAUGGCUGAGCAAAAGCUUAGCUUGCUAAAUCAGCAAUCAAAGAUUAAAUACCAGCUGGAGUAUGAGCAGAAGCGUGACUUGGAUAUACAGUCAAGAAUUUCCAAAUUGGAAUCAACAUUAAGUAACUUGCGAACUUCAUUGAAGCAGGUUGAGGAAAGCGAGAUUAAAUUGAAGUCCACUGUGGAAAAAUCUAAUGACGAAAUUGAUGAACUAAAGGAAAAAGCACAAGAAAAAAAAUCCAAAUCUGAAGAGUGUGAAAAGGAGGUGCAGGAGUGGAAGAAAAAGAUAUCCGCUGCUACUACCAACAUAAGCAAAAUUAAUCGUCAAAUAAAGGCCAAGGAAGCACAAAUUGAGCAGCUAAAUUCACUGAAGCAAGAGAUACUGGAGAAAUGUGAGUUGGAGCAUAUAAGCAUUCCAACAAUAUCUGAACAUAUGGACACUGAGGGAGCAACGCCCGGUCCAGCUUUUGAUUUUGGUAAACUUAGUAGAUCUCAUCAGCAGAGUAUGACAUCGUCAGAGCGGGACAAGUUGGAGGCAGAAUUCACAAAUAAAAUUGCUGCCUUAAUGGCAGAAAUUGAUAGAACAGCGCCAAAUCUGAAGGCACUUGAUCAAUAUGAGGCUCUUAAAGAGAAGGAAAGGGUCAUAGUUAAAGAAUUUGAAGAGGCAAGGCAAGCAGAAAUUAAAGUGGCUAAAGAGUUCAAUAAUGUGAAGCAGUCCAGGUAUGAAAGAUUCAUGGAGGCUUUCAACCACAUCUCUCGAAUUAUUGAUAAAAUCUACAAGCAACUUACGAAGAGCACUACUCACCCUCUUGGUGGGACUGCAUACUUGAAUCUAGAUAAUGAGGACGAGCCAUUUUUACAUGGAAUCAAGUAUACAGCUAUGCCCCCCACAAAACGCUUUCGUGAUAUGGAGCAACUAUCGGGAGGAGAAAAAACUGUUGCUGCCCUUGCAUUGCUUUUCUCCAUCCACAGUUAUAAAGCCUCUCCAUUUUUCAUAUUGGACGAAGUAGAUGCUGCAUUAGACAAUCUGAAUGUAGCCAAGGUUGCAGGAUUUAUCCGAUCAAAGUCUUGUGGAGGAGCCAGGACGGAUGUGGAUGCUGAUGGAGGAAGUGGAUUCCAGAGCAUAGUGAUUUCACUGAAGGACAGCUUUUACGACAAGGCUGAAGCCUUGGUUGGAGUCUACCGGGAUUCUGACAGAAGUUAA